AUGGCCUGGUGCCCUCUGCUCCUCACCCUGGCCGCUCUCUGCACAGGAUCCUGGGCCCAGGCUGUGCUGACUCAGCCGUCCUCCGUGUCCGGGUCCCCGGGCCAGACGGUCAGCAUCACCUGCUCUGGAAGCAGCAGCAACGUUGGUUAUGGUAAUUAUGUGAGCUGGUAUCAACAGCUCCCAGGAUCGGCCCCCAGACUGCUCAUCUAUGGUGCAACCAGUCGAGCCUCGGGGGUCCCCGACCGAUUCUCCGGCUCUAGGUCUGGGAACACAGCCACCCUGACCAUCAGUUCGCUCCAGGCUGAGGACGAGGGGGAUUACUACUGUUUAUCUGCUGACAGAUCGGCCCCCAGAACCCUCAUCUAUGGUGCAACCAGUCGAGCCUCGGGGGUCCCCGACCGAUUCUCUGGCUCCAGGUCUGGGAACACAGCCACCCUGACCAUCAGUUCGCUGCAGGCUGAGGACGAGGCUGAUUAUUACUGUGCAUCUUAUGACAGUAGUAGUUAUGGUGGCACAGUGGUCCAGGCCAGGGGGGAAGGGACAUUCCCAGGCACUUCUGAAGAGUCCUGCACCCACAGUGUAGCACGGGGUGGGGGUGGUCAUUUGCAUGAAGGGCUCCCAGCGGCUGUGCUGACUCAGCCGUCCUCCGUGUCCGGGUCCCCGGGCCAGAGGGUCAGCAUCACCUGCUCUGGAAGCAGCAGCAACAUCGGUGGUAAUAGUGUGGGCUGGCUCCAACAGAUCCCAGGAUCGGCCCCCAGAACCCUCAUCUAUGGUAGUACCAGUCGACCCUCGGGGGUCCCCGACCGAUUCUCCGGCUCCAAGUCUGGGAACACAGCCACCCUGACCAUCAGUUCGCUGCAGGCAGAGGACGAGGGGGAUUAUUUCUGU